AUGCAUCAAAUGUUAGAAGAAUACUAUUCUUAUAUUGUCAAAGGACACGGUCAAACACUGCUUCCUCAAUUUCUUGGACUUUAUCGACUUACAGUGAAUGAUCAGGAGUCGUAUAUAUUAGUAAUGAGGAAUGUGUUCAGCCCAAGACUUGCGAUUCACAAGAAAUAUGAUUUGAAGGGCUCAGCUGUGGAUCGUGAAGCCAACGAAAAGGAGAAGUCGAAGCCCUUGCCAACACUGAAAGAUGCAGAUUUUCUAACAGAUUUGUGCAAAAUGCAUAUUGGUGAAGAGUCUAAAAAGAAGAUGUUAAGUACUCUGGAAUGUGAUAUACAAUUCCUACAGGAAAACAAUUUGAUCGACUAUAGCCUUCUUAUUGGUGUGCAUAAUCCUGAGAUUGCACUGGCUAGUUCAAUUGAGGAUGCUGGUGAUGACGGUGAAGGGACUGGUGGUGUGGGCGUUGGUGGUAGUGGUGGUGGUGUGUUGGAGCCUAACAGUCGAGGCUUCGAUGACAGGAUGGUGUCUGCAGGUGACGGUCUGGGAACGCUUAGUUCACAAUGGCAAUGUGGUCGUUUGUCUAUGGCUAGGUCGAGUAUUGUGCUUGGUCUGAGCUCGUCAGCAGCUGCCGAAGCUGCUAGUUGUGGUGUUGGUGGUGUCGGGGUUGGUGUUGGUGUUGGUGUUGUUACUGGGAAUGCGAGCACAGGUGAUGAUGACGAUGAAGAGGAGGACGGGAUCAGUAUACCAGAGAACAAUACACAAGUCCCUACAAGUGAAUUGACCCCACCCGAUAGUCCACCUGGUGCAGAAUGUCUACCUCAAUUAUUCUCAGGUGAAUUGCAUCCUACUUUAGAACAUUAUGGAAUCAAAAGUUCAAUUGAUUCUCCUCAUCCACUGAUCUAUUUUGUGGCUAUUAUCGACAUACUAACUCGUUAUGGAAUGCGUAAACGUACAGCGCAAACGUACAAAACAGUGAAACAUGGUGCUGAUGGUGGUUCUGUGAAACCGGAAUUCUACGGUCGUCGUCUAUUGGAAUUUGUUGAACAGUGCAUUGACUGA